AUGAAAAACGCAACACUAGCUUGUUCUUGUAGUGGAAAGUCAAGCAGUAUGUCCAGAAAUGCCUUUAAAAUGCCUGCAGUGACAAAAACGAAUUGUAAGGCUCGGGUUAAUGCAUCCGUACGUUCUGAUGGAAAAUGGCAAAUAUGUUCAAUUGUAUUUGAUCAUAACCAUGAACUGAGUAGCCCUGACAAAACUAGAUUUUUCAAGAGUAAUCGAAUACUACAACCAUGCGUGAAAAGGAAGCUUGAAGUGAAUGAUAGGGCUGGGCUUAGACCUAAUAAAAAUUUCAACUCCUUGUUAAUAGAAGCUGGCGGUGGUGAGAAUUUGUCUUUCCUACAAAAAGAUUGUAGGAACUAUAUUGAAAAAGUUAGAAGGCUACGACUUAGUGCUAGAGAUGCUUCCACAAUGCAAAAAUAUUUUUUGAAAAUGCAAAAUGAGAAUUCAAAUUUCUUCUACACAAUGGAUUUAGAUGAAGAGGAUCGAUUGAAAAAUGUUUUAUGGGUAGAUGCAAGAAGUAGGGCCGCAUUUCAAGAAUUCGGUGAUGUUGUGACAUUUGACACUACAUAUUUGACCAACAAGUAUGAUAUGCCGUUUGGUGAAUUUGUUGGUGUUGAUCAUCAUGGUCAUUCAACACUAUUUGGUUAUGGGUUAAUCUCCAAUGAGGACACAAAGACAUUUGUAUGGCUUUUCAAUCUUGGCUUGCAUAAAUUGCCUGAAAAGUUAAGAAGAUAUAGUGGAUAUGAAUAUAUUAAGUUUUCCUUGCAAAAUAUUGUGUAUGAUUCAUUGACACAUGAAGAUUUUGAAGAACGUUGGAAUAGGUUCAUUGAUAAACAAAACCUUCAUGACAAUCAGUGGUUACUUGGAUUGUAUAAUGAAAGACAACGUUGGGUGCCAGCAUUUGUGAGAGAUACUUUUUGGGCAGGUAUGUCUACUACUCAACGCAGUAAAAGUAUGCAUGCAUUCUUCGAUGGAUAUGUUAAUUCAAAAACCACUUUAAAACAGUUUGUUGAACAAUAUGAGAAUGCAUUGCGUGAUAAAGUGGAAAAAGAAAAGGAGGCUGAUUUUAAAUCUUUCAGAUCAUGGAUCCCUUGCAUAAGCACUUAUGCUAUUGAGAAACAAUUUCAAGAUGCCUAUAACAUUGCAAAAUUCAAAGAGUUUCAACAAGAGCUUGCUGCUAAGCUCUAUUGUGAAUUAUCGUCUUCCAAAGAGAUUGAUUCCUAUAUGGAGUUUAUAGUAGAAGAAAAGAUGAUGGUUGGAGAGACUCACCAUAGUGUUCCUUUUGUGGUUUGCUUUAAUGAAGCAAAUUGUGAUGUUCGUUGCUAUUGUCGACUAUUUGAGUUUAGAUGA